ACAGCGUCAGCGACAGUCACCUCGACAAACUUCCCCAAAUCAAAAGCACCAUUCGCCUCGACCUCCUCGCCAUCCACUCGACUUAUCGACACUUACUCACUUCAUUCCUACUCGACCGCCGACUGAACACCAACUUCUCCUCCAGCGGCGCCGCGUCGCUCUUUACACGCAGCAUUCCUCACAAUGUCCAACUACCGUAAUCAAGACUUUGGCGAUGCCGCCUCGGAUGAGGAAGAAGACGAUUUCAACCCCGUCACUCAUGCCUCUGACGAUGAGGGUGCCGACAACGAUGACAACGACCAAAGACAAGACAACAACCAGGCCGACGAUGACGAUCAUGUCCAGACCACCAAUCGCCGUCAGUCUGCGCAAAGCGACGACCAGGAUGAAGAUGCCGCUCCUGUCAGCCGCCGUGCAAACAACGACGAUGAUGAUGAAGAGGACGAGGACGACGAGGAAGAAGAAGAGGACGAAGACGAAGACGAUGAAGAUAUAGGCCAACCUCGAAAACGCCGCCGCAAGGGUCCCCGCAACCAAUUCCUCGAUGUUGAAGCCGAAGUUGAUGAUGAAGAUGAGGAGGAGCCCGAUGAGGAUGAUGAGGUUGCUGGCGAAGAGAUGCACCCUGACGACUUGCUUGAGCUUCCCGCUGGUGCCGAGCGCGACGACCGCAAGCAUCGUGAACUCGACAGACAGCGCGAUCUGGCCGCUAGCAUGGAUGCCGAGAAACAAGCCCAGGCCCUGAAGGAGCGUUAUGGAAGAAACAGAGCUGCUAACGUCGACUCGGCUGUUGUACCACAGCGCUUGCUACUCCCCAGUGUCGAGGACCCGCACAUUUGGCGUCUCAAGUGCAAGCCUGGAAAAGAGCGUGAAGUUGUCUUUGCCAUCAUGAAGCGUAUCGAGGAUCGCGCUGGCACUAGGGAGCCAUUGCAGCUGAUCUCGGCCUUUGAAAGAGGAGGUGUUAUGGCUGGAAACCUUUACUGCGAAGCUCGAAUUGUCGACGAUGUCACAACUGCUCUUGAAGGCUUGCAAAAUGUCUACAUGGGCACCAAGCCUAUGAUGGUCCCCAUUACCGAGAUGCCUGAUCUUCUCCGCACUCGCAAGAGCAAGUCGCUUGAGCCCGGCAUGUACGUCCGUGUCAAGCGCGGAAAGUACGCUGGCGAUCUGGCUCAGAUUGAUGAAGUUGAAUCGAACGGUACCGAGGUCACACUUCGUCUUAUCCCUCGUCUGGAUUAUGGCUUGAACGACGAUGUUAAUGCCCCCGCUGACAACAAACGCAAGCGCUUUGGCUUUGGCGCGAACACUGGUCCCCGCCCCCCACAACGUCUGUUCAGCGAGAACGAGGCAAGAAAGCGUCAUGGUCGCUACCUGACCAAGGGUACUGGCUUCACCGCGAAUACUUGGACCUACAUGAACGAUACCUACGUCGAUGGUUUCCUGAUCAAGGACUACAAGGCUAACCACCUGCAGUCUGAGGAUGUCAACCCUACCCUUGAGGAGGUUACCAAGUUUGCUGCUGACGCCGAGGACGGAACUGAGAAUCUGGAUCUUUCUGCUCUCGCAGCUACCAUCAAGAGCAACAGCUCCGGUGCCUUCCUUCCUGGUGAUCACGUCGAGAUCUGGCAAGGUGAACAGCGUGGAGUUGUCGGAAAGGCUGUCUCAGUACACUCUGACAUUGUGCGCAUCCUCGUAUCCACUGGCGAGCUUGCCGGUCAGAUCAUCGAAUCCCCUGUCAAAGGCCUACGUAAGCUCUUUAGAGAAGGUGAUCACGUAAAGGUCAUUGGCGGCAGCAAGUACUUCGAUGAAGUCGGAAUGGUCGUCAAGAUUGUCGAAGACCGUGUCACAAUUUUGACUGAUUCAAAUCAAACCGAGAUCACCGUCUUUAGCAAAGACUUGCGUGUCGCUACAGAUUCCGGUGGUCAGGUUGGUGUUGGCAAAUACGAUCUACACGAAUUGGUCCAGCUGGAUGCUGCCACGGUGGCUUGUGUGAUCAAGGUUGAUCGCGAAUCUCUUCGUGUCCUUGAUCAGACUGGCACCGUCAGGUCUCUUCUCCCUUCAAAUAUCUCCAACAAGCUUGAACGUCGCAAGCUUGCUGUCGCCACCGAUCGUGAGGGUUCCGAGAUCCACAUUGAUGAUACCGUCAAGGAGGAAGGUGGCGAAGGCAAACAGGGCCGUGUCCUCCACAUUCAUCGCAACUUCCUCUUUGCGCACAACAGAGAGCAGACUGACAAUGCUGGUGUCUUUGUCGUUCGCACAAACAACGUCAAGACUGUCGCAGCCAAGGGUGGUAGAGUCGCCUCAGCUCAGGCAGGUCUUAUGAAGAUGAACCCAGCACUGCAGCGUCCGGGAGCACAGCAGGCUGGUGCACAAGGCAUGCCUCCACCACGUCAGAUGGGCCGCGACAGACUCAUCGGCAAAACAAUCACAAUCCGUAAAGGCCCCCACAAGGGUCUGUUGGGUAUUGUCAAGGACAGUACUGACACUCAUGCGCGUGUAGAGGUUCAUGGUAGCAAGAAGAUCAUCUCCAUCGCGAAAGAGUUUCUCACUGUCAGAGACCCCAUCACAGGUGCUGUUAUCCAGCAAAACGCAGGCCAACGUCCUGGCGCCCCACCAGCGGGUGGUGCUGGCGGCAGACCUCCGGCAUGGGGUGGUGCCACUCCUGGCAGAUUUGGAGCUACGCCCAGACCAUCAGAUGGCGGACGCACUCCUGCUUGGAAGCCCGCAGCCGGUGGCCGUACACCUGCAUGGGCGGGCGCAGGCGCUGGUGGAAGAACUGCCUACGGCGGUGCCAGUGGAGUUAGCAGUGUCCCUGCCUGGCAAAGAGGAGGCGGAGGCAGCACAGCCUAUGGCGGUACAACCGCAUACGGAGGUCAAACGUCUUACGGAGGUGGGACUUCCUACGGCGGCGGCACCGCAUAUGGAGGAGGCACAUGGAACCCCAACACCCGCACACCAUUCCAUGCCGGCGGUACUGCAUAUGACCCCGGAUCAAAAACUCCUGCCUACGGCGGCAUGGAUGCUCCCACGCCUGGCUACAACAGUGCACCAACUCCUGGCAACCUGGACCAGCCUACUCCAGGAUAUGGUCAAUACCGCACUCCAGCAGCCGCACCGACUCCUGGAGCCUUCCCCGAAACACCUGGAGCUUGGAACGCAGACACUCCCGCUGGCGACGGCCCAGGAUACGACUAAGCGUCAAAGGUUACGACCAUGAAAAUGGACAAGAAAGUUUUUGCAUUAAUGGCGUUUCGAGUGUUUCUCGGAGGCAAGGUUCGUGGAUUCGAGGGCG